AAUCACACAAAUCCCUUUUUUGGUUUCUCCAAAUCUUCAAAUCUUCUUCAAUCAUCACCAUGGUACGUUUUAGUAACAGUCUUGUAGGAAUACUCAACUUCUUCGUCUUCCUUCUCUCGGUUCCCAUACUCUCAACCGGAAUCUGGCUCAGCCUUAAAGCCACGACGCAAUGCGAGAGAUUCCUCGACAAACCCAUGAUCGCUCUCGGUGUUUUCCUCAUGAUAAUCGCAAUCGCUGGAGUCGUUGGAUCUUGUUGCAGAGUGACGUGGCUUCUCUGGUCCUAUCUCUUUGUGAUGUUCUUCUUAAUCCUCAUCGUCCUCUGUUUCACCAUCUUUGCCUUCGUUGUCACUAGUAAAGGCUCCGGCGAAACUAUCCAAGGAAAAGCUUAUAAGGAGUAUAGGCUCGAGGCUUACUCUGAUUGGUUGCAGAGGCGUGUGAACAACGCUAAGCAUUGGAACAGCAUUAGAAGCUGUCUUUAUGAGAGCAAGUUCUGUUAUAACUUGGAGUUAGUCACUGCUAAUCACACUGUUUCUGAUUUCUACAAAGAAGAUCUCACUGCUUUUGAGUCUGGUUGCUGCAAGCCCUCUAAUGACUGUGACUUCACCUACAUAACUUCAACAACUUGGAAUAAAACAUCAGGAACACAUAAAAACUCAGAUUGCCAACUUUGGGACAACGAAAAGCAUAAGCUUUGCUACAAUUGCAAAGCCUGCAAGGCCGGUUUUCUCGACAACCUCAAGGCCGCAUGGAAAAGAGUUGCUAUUGUCAACAUCAUUUUCCUUGUACUCCUCGUUGUCGUCUACGCUAUGGGAUGUUGCGCUUUCCGAAACAACAAAGAAGAUAGAUAUGGCCGUUCCAAUGGUUUCAACAAUUCUUGAUUUGCGCCGGUUCAAGCUAGACUUUGAUUUUUCAUUAAUACAUCAUAUUACAUUUAUGAUUAGAACAAAACAGCUUUCAAAAUUUAAGAAACAGUAGAAUGGAAGAAUAUUGAAUUAGUAUAGUUGUUGAUGUGUUUGGAUUUCUUCUGUUGAUUUGUGUUUGGACAACAGAGGAUUCUUCAGAUCUUUAUUACAGAUUGUUGUGUUUGAAGAAUCUUCUAUAUGAAUCUUCACUUCUGACUUCUG